UGACAUCCCAGAUAUAGUCAGUCACAAUCAGUCGCGGUAAAAAUAUGUAACGUUGAACCCCACGGAAUACUAUUCGAUAACAUGAUCCCAUAUAUAUCCAUCCACUUUGUACUACAAGUGCCUGGUACAUCACUCGUAAGCCGUGAAUAAACACCUGGGAAGACCUACUAGGGCUACUUAGCUGGAGCUCACACAAAGAAUACUUUUAAACCGAAAACGAAAAUGGCACAAAGUCCUGUUAAGCGUCACCUUGUGAAAUUACUAGAGACGGCAAAAACCCGAGGAGUUCCGGAAGACAUCCAGACACAAAUACAGACUUGUAUAGACUGUGCCAAUGCACUAGAUGACUACUGUGACACGAUAACCAGCCCGUCCAGCGAGGCAAUGAAAAACCUCAUCACCGAGACGGAAACCCAUCCCUGGAAACAGGCUCAUGACGAGGGCAAGACACAAUGGAUGGUGUCGUCUAGGAUGUUAUCUGGCGCCUUGGAGGGUACAUUUUUGAAGACACUCGCUGGCAUGUCCAACGCCAAGCGAGUACUGGAAGUCGGCCUCUUUACCGGAUGUGGGGCACUGGCCAUGGCGGAGGCACUUCCGGCUGAUGGAAAAGUUGUCACAUGUGAACUAUCAGAGUAUGUCGGAGACGUUGCGAGGAAAUUGGUUGACCAAUCGCCACACGGGAAAAAGAUUGAUAUAAUGAUUGGUCCAGCUGCAGAAAGUAUUCAACAGUUAGCUACAGAAGGACAGCAGUUCGACAUGGUCUUCAUUGAUGCCAACAAAGAAGGUUAUAUAGACUAUUACAAGAUAAUUAUGGACAAUGAUAUGUUGACACCCCGAGGGACUAUACUGAUAGAUAACGCCCUACACGGGGGCCAGGCCUACUUACCCAAGGACAAGCUACAGCUUGAUGAAAGUCGGAUUGCUCAAAGUCACGUGAUGCGGGAGUUCAACGACUACGUCUACAACGAUAACAGGGUUAACCAGGUGAUGGUGCCUAUCCGUGACGGAGUUAUGAUGAUCAGAAGAAAGGAGGCGUUCGAGGGGGAAGCCUAGGUUUGGUAGAACACAUGGAUACUUGGACCAUGGUACAUAGGCGUACAAAAAGACUGUAUACUUGUACGUGAUACUUUUUGACGAGUAAGAGUUCAAAGACAUCAAAGUUCGUGGACAGCGCAAAAUCGUCCAUUUCCAUCACCAGGUAACACCACGUGGAAAAGAUGUGACAAUGUUAUCAUGUCGACACUCUACCAACAACAUGUGACAAAGUUAAAAUGGCAUUGAAACAUUGUACCAACAACGUAUGACAAAGUUACCAUGGCAACACUGUACCAACAACCUCUGACAAAGUUACCAUGGCAACACUGUACCAACAACGUAUGACAAAGUUACCAUGGCAACACUGUACCAACAACGUGUGACAAAGUAACUAUGGCAACACUUUACCAACAACGUCUGACAAAGUUACCAUGGCAACAUUGUACCAACAACGUGUGACACAGUUACCAUGGCAACACUGUACCAACAACGUCUGACAAAGUAAACACGGCAACACUGUACCAACAACCUCUGACAAAGUUACCAUGGCAACACUGUACCAACAACGUGUGACAAAGUUACCAUGGCAACACUGUAACAACAACGUGUGACAAAGUUACCAUGGCAACACUGUACCAACAACCUCUGACAAAGUUACCAUGGCAACACUGUACCAACAACGUCUGACAAAGUAAACACGGCAACACUGUACCAACAACGUGUGACAAAGUUACCAUGGCAACACUGUAACAACAACGUGUGACAAAGUUACCAUGGCAACACUGUACCAACAACCUCUGACAAAGUUACCAUGGCAACACUGUACCAACAACGUCUGACAAAGUAAACACGGCAACACUGUACCAACAACGUGUGACACAGUUACCAUUACGACUCUAUAUUUAAUGCCACCUGUUCAUUGAUACUUUAUCAUUGAAUUUAUUUCUUUUGAAACAAUUAAAAUAUUUUACAGA